AUGCUAGAAAGAAUCAAGGAUUCAAUAGGUGAAUUUAGUGAGAUGGAUAGAUCUCUAAAAGAUAGGGACGCAGAAGCUGCCCCAACGUAUAACGAGAUGAUGGGCAUCAUUCCUGAUAAAAGUGUAAAGUUGGCCGAGCUACCUUCUACUUCGAAGAAGCUGAUUGAUAUUAAAAAUCUUACAAACGAGGAUUCUCGAGCGCUAAAAACGAAAACCCCUAUUACGGUCCUACAAGAGCUGACAGUUCAAAAGGGUUUGGCUCCUCCAGAUUAUCAGAUUGUCUUGAGUGAUUCUGGGGCGCACGAAACUCGGUUCGAUUAUACGGUGACUGUAGCUGGAAUAACAGCAAGUGGAACUGGACCAUCGAAAAAGUUAGGAAAACAUCAUGCUGUACAUAACGCUUUGAAAAUCCUGGAAGAAGUGGGCAUCUAUAAGCCAUCCGAAAAUCCAGUGGAUGAAUUUAAAGUCCUUUUUAAAGAAAGUGCGGAUCAUUUUAAAGCUGCAUUAAAUUGCAUAGUUGAAUUGCUAAAAAUAUGCAUGAAAAAGAAAAUUCCUGCUCCCGAGUUUAAUGAAGUUUCCAGAGUGGGACCGCCUCAUGCCAAGGAAUUUUAUAAAUAG